AUGACAACAGCAGAACCAGCGGUGCCCGCCAAGGAAACAGCGACAGGCCCAGGAGCAGCUGCAGGAGUAGAGACAGACGCACAGGGCUCGUGGUUCGCCCCAUUGCCGGUCCACGAGUAUCUGCAAGACGUCCGAAACGCCGUCCCCGAUAAGAUACCGGAGGAGAACCCUUGUCCGCCGGACUACGCUCUCGGAGAGCUCUCGGUGGCGUGCGGCCCCGCCGUGAGGUUUCUAGGGACACACGAGAACAACAGUGACAGCUACCGGGGCAGUGUGCUGCUGGUGGUGAGAGACUACGCCGGGGCGGAGGGCACGGCUCCGGGCAUCGAGUUCAGGCUCGGGCCUGCGCACGAGUCCGAUGGGCCGGUUGGCGGCGGCGAGUUUCUCAAGGUGGCAGCAACCGCCACGGAGCUCAUCCACCAGGAGCAGCAGUUCUCUUUUUUCAGGUACUCGUUCACGUUCGAGCUCACGCAGUACGAGCAGCGGGUCCGCUACUCGUUCGACGGCCUCUCCAGACCGCACUUCCAGUUCUUCCUCCCAACGGCGGCGCAGUCGAUGAACGUGAUGUCCUUCUCGUGCAACGGGUUUUCUCUGGGCACCGACACGGCGACGUUCAAGGGCUCGUUGUGGCUGGACGUGUUGCGCAAGCACAACCGGCCCAACUUCCACUACCACGUGAUGAUUGGCGGCGGGGACCAGAUCUACGCAGACGGCAUCAAGAACAUCUCCCACGAGUUCAACGCGUGGUUGAAGCACAAGCACAUCCACUCUGCAGACAAGUUGACCCCGAAGUUGGAGGCGUCUUUCGACGACUACUACCUCAACCGCUACAUCGAGUGGUUUGGGAAGGGCUACUGGGCCGGCACGGCGGGCAGAACGAUACAGACCGCUCUUCCAAUUGCGUUGGCAGCAAUCCCACAGGUGAACAUCUAUGACGACCACGACAUCAUCGACGGCUUCGGCUCCUACACCGACGUCACCAUGCGUCAGGCGAUUUUCCAGGGCGUUGGCCAGCACGCGUUCAGGUACUACAUGCUUUUCCAGCAUCACACCCCGUACAGGGAGUCUCCGAAAAAUGAGCCAUCAUGGAUUAUGGGCAAAGCACCCGGCCCAUACAUCACAGAGCCGUCCCGGUCCGUGUACACACGUCUCGGAGCGUCCAUCGGGUUUCUCGGGUUGGACUGCAGAACAGAGAGAACAAAACACCAAAUUGUCACCCAGAGCACAUACGACUUGGCUUUCAAGCGUGUCGAGCAAGAGAUUCUUGACUCUAAACAUGCCGGAAAGCCAAUAAAGCACUUGUACGUGCUCUUGGGUGUCCCCAUCUGCUACCCGAGAAUGGUUUUUCUCGAGCGACUCAUUGACUCCCCGUUAUUUUACCCGAUCAUCCUACUUGCACGGAAGGGCAUCAUUGCGCACAGCUUGGUCAACGAGUUUGAUGGCCAGGUCGAAUUGUUGGAUGAUAUGAAUGACCACUGGUGUUCCCACACUCAUAAGAAGGAGAGAAACAAGUUGAUGAAGAAAAUGAUAGACUUCGGCAAGGCCUACGAUGUCAGAAUCACAAUCUUGUCGGGGGACGUCCACUUGUGUUGCGCCUCGAGGUUCAGAGGUACAAGCGAGAUCUCACAGGCCAACCCACGGAAUGACCCGAGCUUCAUUACAAACUUGAUCUCCUCCGCUAUUGUAAACGCACCUCCACCAGAUGGAAUGGCUAAGUUCCUCUCAAUGCGUGCUAGGAAACACAGGUUCCAAAAAGGUGUCGUCGAAGACAUGAUUCCUUUAUUCUCUGUCGAGCCGGGUAGCGGGAAACAUCGUUCCCACGAGUUGUUUAUGAACAAGAGAAACUACUCCGAUUUGAUCCCUGUUGCAAACAUUCCAACAGACUUGCUUCUUCAACGUUACGGUGACACAGCCACAGACAAAUUCUACGUCCCGGGCGUUGUUGGUGACAAAAUAACAUUUUCAAACAAGACUGACAAUAUUGCCGCCGCCAGUAAGACGAACGGCCCUAUCGGCUAUCCAUUAGAUCCGGAUGGAGUUGUUGCCACUUUGCGUGUUGAAGCCGACAUGACAGACGUCAACAGCGAGACAGGUGCUUACGAGCUUUUGGUCCCAUCUCUCGAGGUCAAAAAAUGA